AUGGUUACCAUCCAACUUCUCACUGCAAUGGUCCUAUGCCUUGGCUACAACGCCGUCUCAGUAACAGCAUGGUCAGUAAACAAUUUCCUGAUGACGGGACCAAAGGCUUUCCUGGCCUACUCCAGCAGUGUGCAGGUGGGUGCGCAGAGUGGCAUUGCGGAAUGUAAACACCAGUUUGCUUGGGAUCGGUGGAACUGUCCGGAAAGUGCUCUCCAGCUGUCCACUCACAACGGACUAAGAAGCGCUACAAGAGAAACCUCCUUCGUCCACGCCAUCAGUUCCGCUGGUGUGAUGUACACUUUAACUAGAAACUGCAGUAUGGGGGAUUUUGAAAACUGUGGCUGUGAUGAUUCAAGAAAUGGAAAACUCGGCGGUAGAGGCUGGAUUUGGGGAGGCUGCAGCGACAAUGUAGAGUUUGGAGAACGAAUUUCCAAACAAUACGUGGAUGAUUUGGAAACUGGGCAAGAUUCGAGAGCCGCCGUGAACCUACACAACAACGAGGCAGGCAGAAUGGCUGUAAAAGCGACAAUGAAGAGAUCUUGUAAGUGUCACGGAGUGUCUGGGAGCUGUAGCAUUCAAACCUGCUGGCUCCAACUGUCUGAGUUCAGAGAAAUCGGGAACUACCUGAAAUUAAAGCACGAUCAGGCUCAGAAACUGGAACUGGACAAGAGAAGAAUGCGCGCAGGGAACAGCGCCGACAACAGAGGGGCUAUCGCUGAAGCUUUCAGCACCAUAGCGCGGACAGAGCUCAUCUAUUUUGAGGAAUCUCCGGAUUACUGCGUGAAGAAUGUCAGCCUCGGACUUCACGGCACUGAGGGUAGGGAGUGUCUACAAAGUGCCAGGAAUUUAUCCCAGUGGGAAAGACGAAGCUGCAGGAGGCUCUGCCAUGAAUGUGGACAUAAAGUGGAAGAGAGAAGAACUGAAAUCAUCAGCAGCUGCAACUGCAAAUUCCAUUGGUGCUGCACUGUGAAAUGCGAGCAGUGCAAGCAGGUUGUCACCAAACACUUUUGCUCGAGGAAAGAGAGAAGUAGCGCCCAGUUUAACAAUACUAAACGCAGAAACCGUAACCACAGGAGAUGA